AUGAGCAUUGUACCUAAGGAAACGAUUGAGGUUAUAGCACAGAGUAUUGGGAUUACCAACUUGUCACCUGAGGCUGCACUUAUGCUUGCUCCUGAUGUUGAGUAUCGUGUUCGAGAGAUCAUGCAGGAAGCUAUCAAAUGCAUGCGUCACUCUAAGAGAACGACUUUAACAGCUUCGGAUGUUGAUGGUGCUCUCAAUUUAAGGAACCUUGAGCCGAUAUAUGGCUUUGCCUCAGGAGGACCAAUUCGUUUUCGAAAAGCUAUUGGGCAUCGGGAUUUGUUCUAUACUGAUGACAGAGAGGUGGAUUUCAAAGAUGUGAUUGAAGCUCCACUACCAAAAGCUCCUCUUGAUACUGAAAUUGUCUGUCACUGGCUUGCUAUUGAAGGAGUGCAGCCAGCUAUACCAGAAAACGCUCCUUUAGAAGUCAUUAGGGCACCUGCAGAUAAUCAAAUUUAUCAUCAAAAGGAUGGACCUCUUAUUGACAUUAGGCUACCAGUGAAGCAUGUAUUAUCUAAGGAGCUUCAGUUAUACUUCCAAAAGAUUGCUGAACUUACAAUGAGCAAGUCAAAUCCUUCUCUGUUCAAAGAGGCAUUAGUGAGCUUGGCCUCAGACUCAGGACUUCAUCCCCUAGUUCCAUAUUUUACAAAUUUCAUUGCUGAUGAGGUAUCACGUGGGUUAAAUGAUUUCCUACUCCUGUUUAAUUUAAUGCACGUUGUUAGAAGUCUUCUACAAAAUCCUCAUAUACACAUAGAGCCUUAUCUUCACCAAUUGAUGCCCUCUGUUGUAACAUGCCUUGUAUCGAGAAAGCUUGGAAAUAGAUUUUCCGACAACCAUUGGGAUCUUCGAGAUUUUACUGCGAAUCUGGUUGCACUGAUAUGUAAAAGGUUUGGAAACACUUACAUUACUCUUCAGUCUCGUCUUACGAAAACUUUAGUCAAUGCACUUUUGGAUCCAAAGAAGGCUUUGACUCAACACUACGGUGCAAUUCAAGGAUUAGCAGCUUUGGGGCACAAUGUCGUACGCCUUCUUGUUUUGUCAAAUCUUGAACCGUAUUUAAGUCUUCUCGAACCAGAAUUGGAUGCUGAGAAGCAAAAGAACCAGAUGAAGAGCUAUGAAGCUUGGCGUGUGUAUGGAGCUUUACUGCGUGCUGCAGGCCUGUGUAUACAUGACCGGCUUAAGAUCUUCCCUAAUUUACCAUCUCCUUUACCAAGUUUCCCUCAUAAAGGAAAGGGGAAAUUAAUCAAUACUGAGCCACAUAAGCGAAAGCUGAGUGUAGAUUCUUCAGAAAACCGGUCACCUCAGAAAAGAUUGAUAGCUACAGAUGGCCCAAACGGUGGUCCAUCCCCAAUGCAAGUAGAUAAACCAAUGGGAGAUAACAAUCCGCCACAAACCUUUGUUCAACCAUCCUCAUCAGAACAAGCUUCUGAUGGUAAAGAACCCGAAAGCAGAAACGCAAAGGAGAAAGAAGGCAGCCACAGCCGAGCUAUUACUAGGAAAGCAAUCCUUGAUCAGAUUUGGAAAGAUGACCUCGAUUCUGGACGGCUCUUGGUGAAACUGCACCAACUCUAUGGUGAUAGGAUCCUUCCUUUCAUCCCUUCUACAGAGAUGUCAUUAUUCCUCUAA